UGACAGCUGUGACUAUAACUUAUAAUUUAUAGUUCUGUGGGAGGUACCCAAAACCCAAGAAGAAAAAGAAAAAAAGGAGGUUCUGUUCAACUCCUCUCGUGCACUCAUUUCAAUUGGAGGAUUUUACUUGGGAUUGCAAAGAAUGGCUACUGUUGUAAGAGUUAAACGUCGAUGUGAUGAUGAACCCAUAGAAGCUUUCAUUUUCAGUUGUAAAAGAAGAAAAAUUUCAUCAGAUGAUCCAUUAUAUACCACAGUAUUCAAAUUUGCAAGAACAUUGGAAAAAGACACGGAUAUUUCUUCUCAAUUGGAUGCUGCGAAAUAUGCUGACAUUCAGAAAAUAAAAAAUAACAUCAAAAAGCGUGAUGUCGAUAUUAACGUCAAGCUGAGAGCUGAACAUAAGGAGUCUUCAAAAAGAAAUCGUUUCAAAAUAGUCAAUCGUUUCAGAUCACAAGCUGAAAAUGACAGUGAUUCAGAAACAGGUGUGAGUAAAUCCGUUACUGUUCUGGAUUUAGAAAACGAUCUAGAAGGAAAUACUGAUGUGAAACCUGACUCCCAUGAAGGUCAAGAUAAAUAUGUUUAUGAUAUGUAUUAUAAUUAUUCUGGUGAAGUAAAGGAUACGGAUAUCGAAGAGUACUUGAGCAUUGAACCAGUUCAUGACUAUUUUUCGACGGCUUCACUUGCAGAUGAUGAUGAUUUGAGCAGUGAUACUGAAAGUGAAGAUUCAAAUGCGGAGAAUAAUGAACGCAAUGAAUAUCCAAAUGAAUCCGAUGUUGAAUCAAUCGAUGAAAAUGAUAUGAUGGAAGCAAUGCAAAAUAUGAACAUGCAUGAUUAUAGUUCAUCCAGUGAUUAUGAUGAAGAUGAUUAUACUUGGGGUGAGGACGAUAAAAUUUCAGACUUAGAUGUGAGGCAUCACGGGAAGCUCUAUGCGAUGUUCAAAGCCAAAUAUAAAGAAGAGGUUGAUUCUGACUUGGAAGAUGAUUUUUCUGAAUGAAUAUAUUUGAAGUUUAUAUUAUUUUAUCAUACUGCUGCUCAUUUUGAAAUAAUUUUUGUUUGAUUUUUCUUUUAUUACACACAGUAUGGUCAUACAAAAAAGAUUAAAAAGGCUGAGGUGAUAUUA